CAAAACGGGUAACGUAUAUUGGCAGCUUUUGGACAAAAAAGCGACUUGUGUGAAGCGCGAGGGCGAAUGACGCAAACCGUGCGUUAUCAACGAUGAUUUAAUGAUCCCGUGUGGUUGGACUGAUUUGUCCCAAACUGGAAUUUUCUCAACAAAUCAAGAUCGCUGAUUUUCCCGGAAAUCGCCGGUAAUAAAAGGAUGAUACACUAAGGCUUGCUGGAAUAACCAAGGAAGGAAGUCGCGUCUGAGCUUUGGAAAAAGACUUGAACCUUGAACGUCAACAUGGAGUCCAAAGAAAAAUGGUGUCGACCAAAUGAAGAGAUAGUUGCUUUCUAUGUGGCUCAAGAAGCAGCUGUUGAGAAGAGAAGCGAGGAAAACAAUGUUGUUCCUCUCAUCAAAUUUCUUUCAUUUGUCUGCGUUCUUCUUGGCUUCGCCCUGUUUGCUUUGCGCAUGGAAUAUCAACCUUCUUUCACAAAGAGCUGGUUCAGUAGGCCAUUAGACCAACCGAUAGAUAUGGAACCGUUUGAUUGGGGAACUGAAUCAACGAAGUCAAUAGACGCCAAACGAGAAGGGAAUUCUGAAACUUCAGAUGUUCUCCCCUUAGCCGUGUGGGGUUUGUGGGGGCCAUGGAGUGCAUGCAGCAAAAGAAAAUAUUGCCAAGAAGGACAACAGCAUCGUCGCAGAGUGUGUCUAUCCCUGGAAGAUUCCGCUCACUGCGUGGGUGUCUCAAUGGAAGCGCGCGACUGUCCAGCAGCCGCCUGUGUCCAUGCAUAUAGCUCUCCUCCUGUUCUCGUAGAUCAAUCACCUGCGCCCGCGACAUCAUUCCUAGCUCAGGAAUGUAACGCCACAGUUAAAUACGCGGCAAGCGGUAGAUACAGAGAUCUUGUUCCAAGCUCUGUUUAUCAUUUAUAUCCUUCCGCUAAAAAGAUGCUAAAAAGUGGAUUUUUCGCUGUGGAGGUCAUUCCUAAAGUUCUAGAGAAGGAAUCUGCCAUAACUAAGGUGUGUUUUGAACCUUUUGGUGUAUGGUCCCUCUCAGCGGCUAGAAAAGUGUUCCACCUCAAUAGAUCCACAAGGGCCUCUCUUAAGGAACUAAAAUCGAAUCGUCUGGUUGGACUUGCUAUAGCUCUUAGACCAGAAGGCUCGUUGUACGGGGUACUACUAGCCACGGGAACUCCAGGAGGACUCUAUAGUAACGUUUAUUACAGGAGAUUUCGAGGCAGAAGUUUUCACGAGGAAAUAUCGUUCUGAGAACAAGACUUUGUUCAACUGCUUCCUGGUCAACGAAAGAUUUUUUACCUGAACAACGUCGCAGAAGGUUUAUUGGUUUGCGCAGACAGUUUGUUUAUCGAUAUAACAGUUUUGUAAGUUCGAAAAAAUUUUAGGGAAGUUUUUCAACAAUAUGGGUUAGGAAAAUAUGCCGUAUGGCUUUGGCAAGGACUGGUUUGUACGCAGUUCAUCAAAGCCUUUUGCGUUGCAUCUGACGAAAUCAUGAAAGCUAUUUUUCCUAAGGAAAUGUGCGCAGUUAUUGCUAGUUAAAACUCCAUGCUCCUCAUGGUACCGGUAGCUGACUACUCGAUGAUCAGAGCCUGCGCGUUUCGUUAAUUUUCUCCUAUACUGUUAGUGAGGGAAGCAACUGCUCAUGUAUUUACUUGGAAUGAUGUCUCUAAACAU